CUCAUUCGGCGUCAUGAUGAGUUGUAGUUUUGGCACUUUAUGCCCUUCGUAUAAUUGUAUGACGUCAUAUGUAUUACGUCAUUUAUAUUGCCGGUCCGUGAAAAUUAUUUCUGACACGGAACCGGUCCGUGGCUCAAAAAAGGUUGGGGACCACUGCCAUAGGGAAUCAAUAGUUUUGCGGGCGACGCGUUUUUGAGAGGCACGUCUGGUGUGAUCGUGCCCAUAUGGGAGCGGCGGCGCUGGUAGUAGUUUAUAGCAUGCCGCACACACAACAAUGCAACUAGUGGAGGCGGCAAGGUGCUCAGUGUUGCCAGAUUGGAAAUGGUGAAGUCCGUACCAAAGGCUCAAAAUGGACGUAUUUGGAGGAUAAUUAUCGUGUAUCUGGCAACACUGAGAUCGCUCGACCAAUGACUGUUCUCUAUACAGUCAGAGCUCGCUCAAGAAGGUGGAACGUAAGGGAGAUACCAUUUCCAAAACUUGUAAGGGGUAAAUACUAGUUUGUGAAAGACCCAGAGAAAGACAAAUAUCCGACGAAGCAAAAUCCCGGACGUUUUUGGAAUCCCUGCCGGACGCAUUUUUUAGGUCACAAAAAGAGGACAUGUCCGGGGAAAACAGGACGUCUGGUCACCCUGCAGAAGCAAUAUAUGUCAUGUGUACAGAAAGAAACAUGACAUAGUUACAACACAUUCAAUGAGUACCACACACAUUAUUAAUAAUGAGUGACAUCUAUGUUACAAAAUAUAAUGUAUUUAAUAGUAUCAACACGCUAGUAACACAUAUUUGGUCACGACAGAGAUGGAGAUCCACGGCACAGUAUCAGAGGGAUGUGUUCGCCCUCUAGCGACAACUCGUUGGACGUAACGCCCUCUGACGUCACCACGUAACGUGCUUCCGUACACUGUGUACAAUGUGUACGGAAGUGUAACUCCUACUGCGGUCCAGCAAAUGUAACGUCGAUCUGCCACCGGUUCAUUAGAAAAUAGGGGCUGCUAUUGGUUUUCCGGCCGCCACCCUAGCGGGUUUUACGGUAUGAUUUUAGAAUGAUCCGCCUUGGUGGAAAGCAGCGGAAGUGUUGUCUAGUGCUCGCUUGACACGAGUCCAACGAGUCGGAGUGAAGUCCAACAUGAGUUCUGAGGAGGUUCUGAGGAGUGCGUCCACUCUAGCAUCGUAUAAUGUGUUGCUGCAGGUGAUGUUCCGGAUCCUCACCUUCUUGCUGAAUGCAUUCACUCUGCGGUUUGUCUCCAAAGAGCUGAUUGGUGUUGUCAAUGUGAGGCUUACACUACUGUACUCCACAUUAGUAUUUUUAUCCAGAGAAGCUUUCCGGAGAGCCUGUUUGAGUGGGGUAUCUGGGACAAACCACAGCUGGAGACAAGUUGUCAACCUGCUUUGGCUGACGUUGCCUCUGGGUGUGUUAUGGGCAGCCCUGCUGGUCUGUGUGUGGUUGUGGCUCCUGGAGGUCCCGGACCCCCAGACUGUCCCUUACUACGGCCCUGCUGUGGUGAUGUUUGCUUUGUCAGGAGUGCAGGAGCUCCUGGCGGAGCCCCUCUGGGUCCUGGCUCAAGCUCACAUGUUUGUCCGACUGAAGGUGGUCGCUGAGAGCUUAGCAAUGAUCGCUAAGUGCAGUAUAACUGUGGUGUUGGUGGUGUUUGCCCGUGAAUGGGGCCUCUACAUCUUCUCUGCUGCUCAUUUGGUGUACACAGGAUUCCUGGUGCUAUGCUACGCUGUUUACUUCAUUCGUUUCUUGGGCUCUAAAGAGGCAGCCAAGAAGGGUUUUCCUCUGCAACGUGUUGGAGAUCUCUUGCCCCGUAGAGCCGCUGGAGAGCCGCUGGUUGAUUGGACUCUGGCCCAGCUCACAUGGAGCUUCUUCAAGCAGUCCUUCCUGAAGCAGAUCCUGACAGAGGGGGAGCGGUACGUCAUGACCUUCUUGAACGUCCUGAGCUUUGGAGACCAGGGAGUUUAUGAUAUUGUCAAUAAUCUGGGCUCCAUGGUGGCUCGCUUCAUCUUCCUGCCUAUCGAGGAAAGCUUCUACAUCUUCUUCGCCAAAGUGCUCGAGCGAGGACGUGAUGUCAAAAGUCAGAAACAGGAGGACGUUGCCAUUGUAGCGGAGGUCCUGGAGUGUCUGCUGAAACUGGUGCUGGUGGUUGGUCUCAUUAUCUCUGUGUUCGGCUACGCCUAUUCUCACUUGGCUCUGGAUGUUUACGGCGGCUCUCUACUUAGCAGUGGGGCAGGGCCCGCUUUGCUGCGAUGUUACAGCUGCUAUGUUCUCCUGCUCGCUGCCAAUGGUGUAACAGAGUGCUUUGUGUUUGCUGCCAUGAGCCAAGAAGAGGUUGACAAGUAUAACUUAGUGUUGUUGGCGCUCUCCUUGUCUUUCCUGGUCCUGUCCUACAUGCUGACGUGGUGGGCUGGCGCUGUAGGCUUCAUAUUGGCAAAUUGCCUGAACAUGGGCCUCCGCAUCUUGCACAGCCUCCUUUACAUACACCACUACUUUCGUUCCACUCAAUGGAAACCUCUCCACGGCCUGCUGCCCUCCCCGCUCCUAAUACUGGCACUUGCUGUGAGUGCUGUCAUCACGGCGCUGUCUGAGGGUGCGUUCUGCUGUGACAGCGGCUGGUUAGGAAGGCUGGUCCAUAUCGGUGUCGGAGCAUUGUGUCUGCUCGGUGUGUUUGUGGCUGUUCUUGUUACAGAGACUCGGCUUAUUCAGUUCGUGAGGACUCGGCUCGUGCCCCAAUACAGAAAGAAACACACUUAAAUUGGACAGGAAAUUAGUGAACUGACCUGAAGGAAAGCGUAUGUUUCACUAGAAACAGUUUUGACGAGCUGCGUGUUGACAGUUACUGACUGUGAAGGCAACGAUGGAACAAGUUUUUGAAAUGGACCUCUGUGAAUGUGUGGGUGUUUGAUGCUGAUAUGUUUACCUUGGAUCAUUCCUUUGUUGGCUCAUACGAACAAACAUACAAAGAUAUUUUGACUGUUUUGGAAUCUGAUUGUAACUGAUAAAGAAUUGAAUGUAUUUUAAGAAAAAUUUUGAAUCUGUUACCGGAAUAGAUACAAAUAUAUAUUUAUAAACUACAAGCAUUUCCCAUUUUGGAAGAUUCCAGCUGUUCUCAGGUUAAUUUAACAAACAAUUCAGGCAUCUAUUAGAAUGUGAAGUCUACAUAUUAUUUUGUUUUUGACAAGGUUAAGAAGCAGGGAGGAAUUCUGUUGCACCACGUACACUUUGUACGUGACAUCUCUCCAUUUAAAAAAAAAAAAUUUCACAGGGGGUACACUGAAAAAAGUUUGAGAACCACUGGUAUAGAGCAUGGCUUUACAAACAUGUUUUUCUAAUCAUAUUUAACUCUAGGGGAUCUAAGUAGGCUUGAGUUCACUGGCUAUUUAACAUGUUGCUUGGGAUCUCUUCCUAUUUGUUGGUCUAUCCUCUGAACUUAUGGCUGAAGAAUGUAGGGUCUCCGGGGUUGAAUAAUGAUGUCACUAUGGAAAACAAGCAGGAAGGGGUGGGAACAGCAUUCUUUUAAAGGAUGGCAAUACUCCCUUCUCUCUACUCCUUUUUUGUAUUUUGUAUUUAUACACAAGCUCACAUUGUUUAGCGUUUGUUGAUUUCUAAAAACAUGUGCUUAUCUUUUAUAGUCAUACCUUAUUUACUUUGAGUCAUAUUUGCUUGGCUUGCUUAUUACCCGGUAGAUUAUACAGACAUAUAUUUCUUACCUUCUUGGAUCUCUGGGAUUUAUUUGGGAAAAUGUAAUGCCACAAGUUGUAGCAGUGCCCUCUUAAUGAAGCAGCAGGUAGGACAGCAGACCAUGCAGAAGAAACAGAGGAAGAGGAGGAGCGUAUACACUUGUUGCGUCAUUUAUUACUCUCAAGAACACUUUAUUAUCCACUGGAGAAUCACUGCUGGGUUAUACAUCUGUGAACGUGUGUUGGGCUGGACUAGCAAGAGAAAAGAGGGACAUCUGACAAGAGAUUUUCUUCCGGCCAGCUUCAACUACUCAAACAUGUCUCAACCAGGUCAGAAAGAAGAUGAACUAAUGCAGCGUCCCGAGGUGAGAGACGAGGACCUGAGCGACACAAAGACCAAGCUGGGAACAAGUAGGCCAGCAAAAAGCAAGACACUUGAAGUAAUGGAUGAGUGUG